GCCGCCGCUCGUGUGGGCCGGCCACGCGCUCUCGCCGCCUCUCUCGCUCAGUCGCCGUCCCUCUCUCUCUCUCUCUCUCUCUCUGUCGUCUGACACGCUGCCUCGCCACUCCACACACGUUGUUGCUACCUGUGUUCUCCAUGACAGUCAUGGAAGCCCCGGAGAGUGGGAAUCCUCAUGUUUUCCUCGACGUCAAGAUCGGCGACGAAAUCGCUGGCAGAAUUAUUCUCGAGCUCUACGAAGAUAAAUGCCCCAGAACCGUCGAGAAUUUCAGGGCUCUCUGUACGGGCGAGAAAGGAACAGGGCAGAAGGGCAGGCCGCUCCACUUCAAAGGAUGCACUUUUCAUCGAAUCAUUGAGAACUUCAUGGUGCAAGGAGGUGAUUUCACCAACCAUGAUGGAACGGGUGGAGAGAGUAUUUACGGCGACAAGUUCGAGGACGAGAACUUUGAAUACAAGCACUCAUCGGAGGGUAUCCUCUCCAUGGCCAAUGCGGGACCCAACACAAACGGGUCGCAGUUCUUCAUUACUCUCACAGCAACCCCACACUUAGAUGGGAAGCAUGUGGUCUUUGGAAGAGUGGUGAAGGGUCUUGGGGUGACGAAGAUCUUGGAGAAGGUCAAGACAGAUGGAGACAAGCCUGUGGAGAGGUGUGAAAUAUACGAUUGUGGAGAAUUCAAACCAGGCGAAUCUUUUGGCAUCACUGAUAAUGACGGAACGGCUGAUGUAUAUCCGCAGUUCCCUGACGACUCCAAUCUCAAUUUUCUAGAGGAUUCUAUGGCAACAUUAAUACAGGUUGUGAACGACAUUAAAGACUCAGGAAACACCUACUUUAAGAAUCAAGACUUUACCGCAGCCAUUAAGAAAUACCAGAAGAGUCUUGUCUAUAUUAAAACAUAUCGAAGAACAAGGCAAAGCGCGUAGUGACAUCAGUGAGCUGGAAGUGAACAUCCUUACCAAGUUGUCUGUCUCAUGUCUCCUCAAUCACGCGUUGUGUUCUAUUAAGCUGAAUUGGUUUGGCAAAGCAAUUAGUGACUGCGACAGAGCCAUCGAACUAGACAGCUCCAAUCCCAAGGCCUAUUUCCGCCGAGGACAAGCCUAUAACCUCAGUAAUGACAUUGAUUCAGCAAGAACCGACCUGGAGAAGGCUAAGGAGCUUGAACCCAAUGACAAGGGCAUCCUAAGGGAGCUCGAUGCAGUUCUGAAGAAGAUUCGAGCCAGGAAGGAGAAGGAGAAGGCAGCUUAUGCCAAGAUGUUCCAGUAACAAAAGGAUAUAGGUAUUAAAAUAGUGCAAGUGAUAACCAGUGUCGUACGUUCUCAAAACUUUUGUUGUGAUAACUGCUUCAAUUUGCUCUUGUAUCAAGAAGAAUGGCCAGAGCAAUGAUGUUGUUUUUUUCUACUUUGGUUAAUGUAUUGUGAUUGUGCUUGGUAUUCUUUUUUACCAGUGUGACAGAAUAAAGCCCAGAAGCAAAAGGAUUUUAAUUUUUCAUGAUGUUCAUGAAGAAAUGAAAAUUGAUGUAAUGAAAGAGGUUGAAGAUCCACAUUAUGUUCUUUUCUUUCUGUUUAUGUUUGUGAAGAAAUGGUGAUUUAUGUAAAUGAAGGUGUUGACGUUCGACAAUAUUUAUGUAUAUAUUUUUUCUGUUGAUGUUACUAUUUAUUCAUAUAACAAUGGUUGGAAAUUAAAUAUAUCCUGAUACAAGAAAUAAUAAACUUCCAAAAAUGUUGAAAUAAGCAUUAUUAUUAUUGUCUUCAUUAUUUUCAUUAUGAUGGCAACCUCUGCAUGCCAUAAUGAUUACAGAAUACUAACCUUCUCUAACAAUGAUAUAAGACCCGAACCACUAAUCCAUAUUUCAUGAAUAAUGUAUAAUUAUGUGUUACAAUACAUCUGAUCCAGUUUAGAUUUUGAGCUGAUUUUAGCUGGGUAGAUGCAGUUUGUUGUAUGAACUGAACACCAUUACAUUAACCCAUUGGACCUGGUUGACGUUGCGGUCACAACGUAGAAAAACUUGAGGUGAGGGG